AACCCAACUCUUCUGGCUUCUGCACCACAGCUCCUCACCCUCCACCCCAGGCUUCCGGACUGGAGAGGCAGUGGGGAUAAAACGGGGCUGGAGAGUCUCGGAACCACUGGUCUGCAGAGCUCCAGCCCGGAUUGCCCUGGUACUCCGCUCUCCUCUUGGCACCUCCUCGACAUGAGCCUGAAAGCGGGCUCCCAGGCCUCCCGCCCCUGGCCCAGCUCCAGGUUGCUACUCCUGGGACUGCUGCUCCUGCCAGCUGUGGUCGCCCAACUCAGCGCAGACCCUGAGGAAGGAGAUGGGUUCCUGCAAUGCAUGUGUGUGAAGACCGUCUCCGGAGUCCAUCCCAAGCACAUUGCCAGCUUGGAGGUGAUCCGGGCUGGACGCCACUGCCCCACCUCCCAAAUGAUAGCCACAUUGAAGAAUGGACAGAAAAUUUGCCUGGACCCUCAUGCCCCCCUUUAUAAGAAAAUAAUGAAGAAACUUAUGAAAAGUAAACCACCAACUGACUAAAUCUGCACAUUUACUGUAUGAUGUUUUGCUUUGCUUUUUCAUUUUCAAUGUAACUAUGGGAAAUCUAUGUUUCAUCAUCCUUCAAAUUAUAAACAAAUAAAAUCAA